CGUGUUUUUCGAUUCUACCAUGAGGUGGCAAAAGCAAGAGUACUAGUAACAGCUUUGGCUCGAUACAGGACUACAACAAAGCACUCGACAACACAGAAGAACAUGAGUCGUCGCCAACGGAGUGCUUCUAGGYGUGGCAGAAAAGGCCAUGUCAUUCCUAAAGUGGAUUGCAUUGAUCCUCUUCCGAGACACAGCAUUGAUGUUCGUCCUUCUGGUCCACCGUCACUACCGUUCCGAAAAACGAAAAAGAAUGCAACCAUAACAAGAUGCAACGAAAAACCCACGGAAGAGCUCAUCUCUUCUCUUACAAAUCUUUCUCUUAAGAAGAGUGGAUAUAACACUGAUCACCGUAGUAACAAAAGCCACAACGAGACACUGCCGGUUGGAAGGAAAAUAAAGACACAACCAAGAAUAGCACACAAAAGCCAACAGAACCAAYCUCCCUCGCUGACCACAAAAAGAUACAAUUCCAGAGCCCCGGUAACAAAUCGUGGCACAAAAACGGCAGCCACUGCUUUGYCAACAAGAACAAACACAAGGAGAGCRACGGACGUGAUUCGAGCCAAUCUAGUGUCGUGGACCAAACAAGUCUUUGCCACGGUCGGACCGGGGCGAAAGGAGGUUUGUUACCAGACCGAACUAAAGGAUCUCCUCCUCCGCGAAGGGUUGGACGUUGCCGUGGAGRCUCCGCUGAAAUUCCAGCGCCUCGUGCCCGCGGGAUGCACGCCCGGGCAACCUGCUCGGCGCGAGCCGGGGGGUUCGAAUGCCCCCACCACCACUGCCGUCGUAGCGAAACGGGCCGACCUGAUCGUCUCGUUGCCGGGCCRUUUAGAGAGGGUCUUGAUCGAGUGCAAGGCCAAACCGAGGUUCACGAGGGGCGACUUCCUACAGGUAAUGUGCUAUCGACACCACUUUGGCAUCGAGGACUGCUACCUGGUCAACUUCUGCGGAUCCAACGAAGAAGAUGUGCAGAUCAGUAAACUGCGGGCAUAACACAGAAUGGAUGAGUGCAGRUUUUCACACAGCCGGYGCACUACCGUAGUCCUAUUUAAGAUAGUAAAGUGCGACGAAAGACAUCCUAUGCAUACACGUAUUGAGURCAUAGUACUAAUAGGUGGUAACAAUCAAACGACUUCAGAAAACUAUKAAUCAAGUACUCGCCCUUGAGUACUGCAAUACGAGUAAACUUUGCACGAAAAAGCAUUCGAUGAUGCCCUACACUAGACACUACUAGUUUUCCGGAGAUUGGUGUUUUGAUUUGUGUUGAUAGUGCCCCUUGGUUGUAAGGUCACUACUGACCCUUUUGGUUUGGCCAGUACUAGUUGAGGUCCCUAUCGACCUUCUAUUCGAGGGUUGUAAUGAUGUUGUUCACUCCGAGUAUAAACCGUGUCWAGUAURAUCAAAGCAUCCWAUAUCGAUUUCAUAGCCCAUUCCAAUACCAAURUAUGCUAUCUAAAAAAAUCAAUACCGUGGGAUUCGUUUUUCCAAARAUUGACGGAUUGUUAGCAGGGAAUGAACUGCUCCUGUCCGUUACYAACAGCUCCCAUUCUUUGCGCCAACCGUGCAUUUCAAAAAUUGUCKUGUYGGGUUCUAUUGUUGCUAACAUCAGGUAGUUUUCACAAYAAAAUGRUUCGUUCCCCGAGACAAGCGCAUUAUAUWUUGUCAACUUUUUCUUAAUCAUCGKCUCAACAUUUUUCUUCCAAAAUGGCGGUCAAAGUGGAGCAAACGACUAACAAUGAUUCCUCUGCAGAGUCGGAAACUCCGCCAUCAGUAUCUGAGAAUGCAAGUGCGAUGAAUUCAAUKAAAAUUGAACUUAUCGUUCCGAAGAAAGAAGAACCCGAUGACGCAAAACUGAAGAUAAUUGAGAAGAAGAAGUCAAGGGGAAAAGGAGGGAAAAAGAAACCAGAAAACAAGAAGAAAGUAAGUAGCUUCGCGGCAACUCAUGGCAACUGAUUGCWACGAUGACACAAACUCAUUUGCCUAACAAUUUCUGUUUUUUCSCUUCUUUCAAAUUCCCCUCCUUCCACUAGAUACUAGCUUAUUUGUUUCAGGUGCACGAAACUUUGGGCAAAGACACGGCCACUCCAAAAAAAGAUAUUGCAGAAG